UAAUUGUACUAUAUAAGCUGUGGGUGACUCAAGGCUGAAUUCCACAGCAAGAACUUCAAUGUGAACAACUGCCAGCAUUUAGCAGAUUCUGUUACCAGACGCAUUGCAGUGGCAAACUCCAAAAUGAAGAGAAGCAGAAUUCCAUCUUAUUUUGCAUGAGGUUUUUAGUAAUAUUUGCUGGAACCAAUGAUUAGAGUAGAAUUUGAUCAUCAUAAGAAGAAAAUCCUUUGGGUUUUUGCAAUAUUAACAUACAUAGCUUUAGUUGAAAGCGCAAAGGUUAAAAAAUGCGAGAGGCCUUGGCGAACAUUUCGAAAUGUAUGUUUCAUGUUCGCAGACAACAAUCAGCAAAAAUUCGAAGACGCACAAGAAAUCUGCUACAAGAUGGGAGGCUUCCUAGCAAGCAUCAGAAACAGCCAAGAACAAGGUUUCAUUAUCAAGACCAUUCAAGGUAUGGGCUCCUCCUUUUCCCGUGUUCGAUGGUUGAUUGGCUUGUACCAGUAUGAUCCGACUGACAACAAAGCCUACAGAUGGAUUGAUGGAAGUGUAUCUAGUUUCCGUAAUUGGAUGCCUACUCAGCCCAACUCUGUCUAUGAAAGGUGCACACUACUUGAUGGCAGCAACGGUUACAAGUGGAGAGAUGAAAUAUGCAGCAACAGGGCUCUUUUUAUAUGCAGGAAAGAUCUGGAGGAAAAUGGUUCCAUGAACUGCUUCAAAGGUCAACCUCCUACCCACCAAAUUUUUGAAAAGAAAGGCAUCAGUGUUACAGAGUGCUUAGAGCAUUGCAGAGGACUUGGUUUCCCACUGGCUGGAUCAGUUCCUGACAAAUGCUUCUGUUUACAGCCAGACAACAUGAACAAGCUCGAGAUAGCAGCUCGUCUUGAAUGUAAUGGAAACUGCCAGAAUCAGCAUUGUGGAAAUAAAAACUUUGUCACAAUUUACAAUCUAACCUUUUAUACGGAUACUGCUGAGUCCUGCGAUGACUUAUCGCUGCUUGGUCUUUCCAAUCCGAGUACAUAUGUCACCAAAUCCGGAGAAGAGGAAAAAGUUCAGAACUGUUUCAGCGACGGUGAAUAUAAAAUUAGCAGUUUUAACCUCACCUCUUAGAAUGCAUGCGCAUGAAAUAAAUAACUUCGAUUAUUAUUGCAGUAACUUUAUACACUUUCAUUGAAAAAUAUAAUAAAACUGAUACAAAAAAAAAUACAAAUUAUGUAAAUACCUCGCGUUUACAAACACAGUUUUAUACUCUGAAUAAUAUAGUGAUGUAUUUAUAUUUUAAUUAAUUUUUUACUAUGCAAAAAUUAAAAUACACGAAAGUAGAUUACCGAGCCAGCGUAUUUAAAGAUGAAAUAAAAUGUUUUCUAUAAAUGCAUAGGCAUUAUAAUGCCAAUACAGAUCGUAAUCACCAAUCUAUCAACCAAUAUAUUAAUCACCAACCAAUAUAUUAAUACAUAUAUUUCUAUUAUGUUUUAAAUAAUAAAAUGAAUAGCAAUCACAUGUUUCUGAAAAUUUUAUCAUAAUUUACUGUACGAAAACAGUAAUUUAGAUAAAUAUAUUCUUAAAAAGUGGCAUCAUGACAGUUGAAAAUAAAUAAUCUUGUUAAUAACUUUGUAUUAAUAUGUAACAGUGUUAUUUUGUUGUAAUGACUGUUAUAUUAUAUUUUAAAAAUUUGAGUACGUUUUCCAAUUGCGUGAAAUAUCACGGCAAUUACCUUCCUUAACAAUCAGAUAAUUUAGCUGCAUUAGUAUACCCCAGUUAUGAAAAGAGUCUUGUGCUCCAAAUGACAGUUGAAUUGCAGUCAUCUGGUCAGGCAGGGUUGUGUGAGAACAAAAUAAUAAGAAUAUUGGAACAGCAAGCCUGGUAGAAUGUUUAACGUAGAAAUGAUUAAAUGAAAGUAACAAGCUUCUGGAACUCAAUAUCUUGAAGUAUAAUUGAGAAAACAAGCUUUUUGAAGAAGGUACUUCCUCUCUACGAAGUUUAUUGAUAAUGAUGAAACAUUAUCAUUUAAAUAUUGUAAUGUUAUUAAUUUUAUUAAAUUAUAAAUAAAUUAAA